AUGAGAGAAAACUCGCCCCAAAAGCGCAGAGAGAAACGCGGUUUUUCAGCACACCUCCACAUCAUAAGCUACAGGAAGAUCGUUGGGCAUUAUAUGGAGGAGGCUUCUUUAGAAGUUACCAGGGAAUCUCUCAUCGCACUUUCUUGCUGCGAACCUGAAAAAAUUAUCGAGUCAACUCAGCCUGAAAAACCAAAUGGCCAACACAAAGCUGCAUCUGCCGUUGAUGAACUCAGAUUAAAAUUGAUAUCGAUUGCUUCCGAGCCCCCAUCUAUGAAUUCCCCUCCCAAUGAGUUUUAGGUUUAAAGUUAUGAACAUAUAUAACAAUUAUUAUGGUACAAUUUUUUAUUUGAUGUUUAGUUACUAGUUUCAUACACCUUAAGGCCCAAGGCCAAUGGUCUAUCAUGUUUGAUGAUACUUGUGAAUGUCCCAAAAUGUACAAUACUUACAAUUACUACAAAAAUCAUCCAUCCAUUAUC